AUGGCAAUUGAUACAGUUUCUGUCAUUGCAGCUGUUCUGGGUGGAUUUAUAUUACUCUAUGGUCUUUCAUCACUUGUGAUCAAAGAAAGACUCUAUAUUUCUGAAGCAUCCGUUGCUAUCGUUUGUGGUAUCGUUUUUGGCCCCUUAUGCGCUAAAUUUAUAGACAUCAGUCAGUGGGGAAAUGAAGAAGUCAUCACUAAAGAAUUCACUCGUAUCGUCAUUGCCAUUCAAGUCAUGGCUGCUGGCGUCGCUUUACCAAAGCGUUAUCUGUACAAGGAACUACGUUCAUUACUCGUUUUAUUAGGCCCUGUCAUGAUUUGGAUGUGGUUAAUCAGUGGUUUACUCGUAUGGGCAUUUAUUCCCGGUCUCAAUUAUUUGGAAGCAUUAAUGAUCGCUGCAUGCUUCACGCCUACUGAUCCAAUUUUGGCGAACUCUAUUGUUCAAGGUAAAUUUGCAGAGAAACAUGUUCCACUCCAUGUCCGACAAAUCAUUUCAUGCGAAAGUGGUGCUAAUGAUGGUCUUGGUUACCCAUUCUUGUUUUUGGCCAUCUAUCUACUUCAAAUGAACACAGGGGCUGCCAUUGGUAAAUGGGCUUACUGGAUCAUGUGCUAUAACGUCCUUUUAUCAUGCAUCAUUGGCUUUGUCGCAGGUUAUGUUGCCAGAAAACUAUUGAAAUAUUCAGAACAAAAAAAAUACAUUGAUAAGGAGUCUCUUUUGGUGUUUUCCGUUGCUUUAGCAUUGUUUCUCAUGGGUACCGUUGGGUUAAUUGGUAGUGAUGAUCUUUUAGCUUGUUUUAUUGCUGGAAAUUCAUUUACCUGGGAUGAUUGGUUUCGUAUUGAAACCGAAAAAGCACAUUUGAUGGAGGUGGUCGAUAUCUUGUUAAAUCUGAGUGUAUUUGUAUAUAUUGGUGCAACCAUGCCCUGGUCUCUAUUUAACAGCGACUUACUUCAAAUCAGUGUUUGGAGGCUAGUCGUAUUGGCCAUUCUUGUCCUUAUAUUUAGAAGACUUCCUAUCGUGCUGGCACUUUAUAAACUUAUACCCGCCAUCAAAACCUGGCGCGAGGCUGUAUUCACCGGAUGGUUUGGUCCCAUUGGUGUAGGCGCUAUCUUUUAUUACUCUAUCGCCCUUGAAUCGGUACCGUUGGACGGUCCCAAUGCCCAUGCACGUGAGGUCCUGAAACCCGUUAUUUACUUUAUGGUUUUGGCAUCUGUCAUUGCGCACGGUAUCACCAUCCCACUAUUCUAUAUCGGUACAUUUGCAACACGAACCCUCACCCGUACGAGUGAAAGUGGAAAUCCCGUACUUCAACUUCCCAAAUUUGAAAGUUUCGGAAAGGCGUCGCCCACCAUCAUUGAACAGGUACAGGAAAAAACCAUCGUAAAACCGGUCGAAUCUUCCUUGCCAACGGAACAGCAACGUCAUACCACCAUUACUAUCUUAACACCAGAGGAAAUUAAACAGCGUGAAGAGUCGCCUCCUUUGCCAAAUUUUGACUCGGCAGAGGAGAUCCCACCAAAUCAACAUAAUACUUCAAGAAGACGUUCUCACGUUGUCGUAGACGAUGACGAUUGUACCAUGUAUCUACCCUAA